UCGCAAUCAAUCAAUCAAUCCCACCUCAGCCGUACACCCCUCUCCCGCUUCAGUUUUCCCCGCCACACCGAGGGCAACGGCGAACGGCGAAAGGCGCAUACACGCCGAAAAAGCAUGGAGAAUGCCUAUAACAAGACACCCUCGGAGGUGUUGAACGAGUUUGGUGUCACAGAGGCAAAAGGCUUGUCGCAACAGCAGGUCGAAAGCUCGCGGAAAAAGCAUGGCUCAAAUGCACUUGCUGAAGAGCCACCCACACCCAUCUGGCAGCUGAUUCUCGAGCAAUUCAAGGACCAGCUCGUCAUCAUCCUGCUGGCAAGCGCCGCCGUCAGCUUCGUCCUCGCCCUGUUUGAAGGCGGCGACGAUUGGACCGCCUUCGUCGAUCCGGCCGUUAUCCUCACCAUCCUGAUCCUCAACGCCGUCGUCGGUGUAUCCCAAGAAACUAGCGCCGAAAAGGCUAUUGCCGCCCUCCAAGAAUACUCCGCAAACGAGGCAAAGGUCAUUCGUGAUGGCACUGUCAAGCGCAUCAAGGCCGAACAGUUGGUGCCUGGCGACAUCGUCUCCGUCGCCAUUGGUGAUAGAAUCCCCGCCGAUUGCAGGAUUUUGACCAUUCAGAGCAACAGCUUCAACAUCGAUCAAUCCAUCCUCACGGGAGAAAGUGAAAGUGUCUCCAAAGAUACAAAACCUGUCAAGGAUGCAAAUGCUGUCAAGCAGGAUCAGAUCAACAUGUUGUUUUCGGGAACCACCGUCGUUACCGGUCACGCAACAGCCGUCGUGGCCUUGACUGGCGCCAACACCGCCAUUGGAGACAUUCACGAUAGCAUCACGUCCCAGAUCUCGCAACCCACGCCUUUGAAACAGAAGCUGGACGACUUUGGUGACAGUUUGGCAAAGGUCAUCACCGUCAUCUGUGUCUUGGUCUGGCUUAUCAACAUUCGCAAUUUCAACGAUCCCUCCCACGGCAGUUUCGCAAAGGGUGCCAUUUACUAUCUCAAGAUCGCUGUCUCGCUGGGUGUUGCUGCUAUUCCUGAAGGUCUCGCCGUAGUUAUUACUACGUGCCUGGCUCUGGGAACUAGGAAGAUGGCUGCAAGGAACGCCGUUGUCCGAAGCUUGCCCUCCGUAGAGACCCUUGGAAGCUGCAGCGUGAUUUGCUCGGACAAGACUGGCACUCUGACCACCAACCAAAUGAGUGUAAACAAGAUUGUUUUCGUCGCCGAGGAUGGCAAGUCGCUUGAUGAGUUCGACGUGGAGGGAACCAGCUUCGCCCCCGAGGGUCAGGUUUCUUUCAACGGUCAGGCCAGGGAAAAUCUGGCAGCCUCUUCCGCUACGAUCAAACAAAUCUGUGAGGUAACGGCGCUCUGCAACGAUUCGUACCUGAGCAUUGACCCCAAGUCUGGAGCCCACGCUUUGAUUGGUGAACCCACCGAAGGUGCCCUGCGCGUUCUGGUCGAGAAAGUCGGCACUCCUGAUCAAAGCUACAAUGCGAAGCGAAGUGCCCUUGCUCCCGCCGACUCUCUCCACUACUCCAGCAAGUACUACGAAAACCAGUAUCAACGCCAAGCCACUUACGAGUUUUCUCGCGACCGCAAGAGCAUGUCUGUUUUGGUAAAGAGCGGAAACUCGCAAAGGCUGCUUGUCAAGGGUGCUCCCGAAUCUGUUUUGGAUCGCUGCACUUCCGUGGUUGUCGGUCAGAAUGGCAAAAAGGUUCAGCUCACCAAGCACAUGCAACAGAUCCUCAACCAGGAAAUCGUCGAUUACGCUAAAGCCGGACUUCGUAUCCUUGCCUUGGCUACAGUGGACGACAUUGGUUCAAACCCGCACUUGAAAUCGGCCAAAACCAGCAAAGACUACAUCGGCCUUGAGCAGAAUAUGACUUUGGUUGGUCUUGUUGGUAUGCUGGAUCCUCCCCGCCCUGAGGUGCAGGCUUCCAUUGCCAAGUGCCGUUCCGCUGGUAUCAGAGUCAUUGUCAUCACUGGAGAUAACCAGAACACCGCUGAAACCAUCUGUCGCCAAAUCGGCGUUUUCGGUCAGGACGAAGACGUCACUGGAAAGAGCUUCACUGGUCGCCAAUUCGACGAUCUCAGCGAAGCCGAGAAGAUGAAGGCCGCCAAAUCUGCUUCCCUCUUUUCCCGCGUUGAACCUAGCCACAAGCAGAAGCUUGUCGAUCUUCUCCAACAGGCCGGUGAAGUCGUUGCCAUGACUGGUGAUGGCGUCAACGAUGCUCCUGCCCUCAAGAAAGCUGACAUUGGUGUUGCCAUGGGUUCUGGAACUGACGUUGCCAAACUCGCCGCUGACAUGGUCUUGGUGGACGACAACUUUGCAACCAUCGAGGGUGCUGUCGAAGAGGGUCGUUCCAUCUACAACAACACCCAACAGUUCAUCCGCUACCUCAUCUCAUCCAACAUCGGCGAAGUCGUUUCCAUCUUCCUGACAGCUGCCGCGGGGAUGCCCGAAGCACUUAUUCCUGUUCAACUGCUCUGGGUCAAUCUCGUUACUGAUGGCCUUCCUGCUACUGCUCUGUCCUUCAACCCUGCCGACAACGACAUCAUGAAGCGACAGCCUCGUAAGCGUGAUGAAGCUCUCGUCGACGGUUGGCUGUUCUUCCGCUAUAUGGUCAUCGGCACCUAUGUUGGCGCCGCCACCGUUGCUGGGUACGCCUGGUGGUUCAUGUUCUACUCGGAGGGCCCUCAAAUCAGCUUCUACCAGCUACGACACUUCCACCGCUGCUCUACCCAGUUCCCUGAAAUUGGCUGCCAAAUGUUCUCCAAUGACUCCGCCAAAGCCGCCUCUACGGUCUCGUUAUCCAUCUUGGUCGUCAUUGAGAUGCUCAACGCCAUGAACGCUCUCUCAUCGUCGGAAAGCUUGCUCACCCUGCCCCUUUGGAAGAACAUGAUGCUUGUAUACGCCAUUUGCCUGUCCAUGGCUCUCCACUUUGUGCUUCUCUACGUUCCUUUCCUCCAGGGUCUCUUCAGUGUAGUACCUUUGAACUGGGACGAGUGGCAGGCGGUCUUGGUCAUCAGCGCGCCUAUCAUUUUUGUCGACGAGGCUCUCAAAUCAGCCGAACGCAAGUACUUCAUGAAGAAGACAUUCAACAGACAGCCCGUGGGUGAAUCAAACGGCAAAUCGGUCAGGCCGAAGAAGGAGUAG